AUCAGCGUAUAGAGUAUAACUGCCAUUUAGCUAUUGGAACAACCAUUCAACUUUCCAAUUCAUUCCUCCAAUAUUAUAGGCCAGUUUUAUAUUGGUUGUCACUUGUCACAGCUCAUAUAUGUCAUCUCCAGCCGAACCGGUUAAAGCUACCUGCCUACCUUAACCCCGGUCCAGUAAUUUACCAAAAGUUCAUCCUUUUGGUUGAUUGAACCAACAAAGAUACAUCUGAAAUAUCUUGCCAGGGAAAAAAUCUUUGUAAAGAGUAUCUGUUUUUUCAUCUCUGAAAAUUACUAAUGUACAACGAAGGGGGAUCGUUCUGUUCUUUGGUUAACUCAGGUUCGUCUCCUAGCUUCAGUUCUUCAGAUUUACCGUUGUGCAUGUACGAUUGCUCCCUUCGUGUUCACCUAUUUUCAUUUUCCAAAUUUCCAGAGCAAUUUCGGAAUUUAAUUCAUCCGUUCAUUCUUUUAGUUUGUUUUCUAUAUUUUCCAAGUGAGGGUUGAUUAUGUUAGGUUCAGAGUGAACGUUUUACGCUUGAUAUGAAAUCCCAAGUCUGGACUUGAAGCUCAGUACUCAUUAAGAGAAUAUGAAGGCUGGGAGUGCAGCAAAGCUGAUCGUUGAUGCUUUGCUGCAGAGGUUUCUUCCGCUUGCUCGGCGUCGUAUUGAAACUGCUCAAGCUCAAGAUGGACAGUACCUUCGACCAUCAGACCCAGCCUAUGAACAAGUAUUGGAUUCGUUGGCUAUGAUUGCACGGCAUACUCCUGUCCCUCUUCUAGAGGCUCUCCUCAGAUGGAGAGAAAGUGAAUCUCCCAAAGGUGCAAAUGAUGCAUCAACAUUUCAGAGAAAGCUUGCAGUGGAGUGUAUUUUUUGCUCUGCUUGUAUUCGCUUUGUGGAGUGUUGUCCACAAGAAGGGCUAACAGAGAAACUAUGGAUUGGGCUUGAGAAUUUUGUCUUCGACUGGCUGAUUAAUGCAGACAGUGCAGGGUUGUUAGUCAGGUGGAGUAUCCUUCAUUGGUUGAUUUAAGGGGGCUUCUUCUAGACCUAGUUGCACAACUUCUUGGUGCUCUCUCACGGAUCAGAUUCAGUUCUGUGACUGAGCGCUUUUUCAUGGAGUUGAAUACACGCCGGAUAGACACGAGUGUUGCUCGAAGCGAAACACUCAGUAUCAUUAAUGGAAUGCGCUAUCUAAAGCUUGGGGUCAAGACAGAGGGUGGAUUGAAUGCUUCAGCUUCCUUUGUGGCUAAAGCCAAUCCUCUCAAUCGUCCUGCUCAUAGACGCAAAAGUGAACUUCAUCAUGCAUUGUGCAAUAUGCUUUCAAAUAUUCUUGCACCAUUGGCAGAUGCUGGCAAAGGUCAAUGGCCCCCUUCAGGAGUAGAGCCAGCACUUGCUCUAUGGUAUGAUGCUGUGGCACUGAUAAGGGUUCAGCUUAUACAUUGGAUGGACAAACAGAGUAAACAUAUUGCGGUUGGGUAUCCUCUGGUUACACUUCUGUUGUGCCUCGGUGAUCCUAAUGUUUUCCUCAGUAACUUUGGUCCUCACAUGGAACAAUUGUACAAGCAUCUAAAGGACAAGAAUCUGCGCUUCAUGGCCUUAGAUUGCUCCCACCGUGUUAUGAGGUUUUAUUUGAGUGUCCAUGGUGAUUCACAACCCCCAAACCGUGUAUGGGACUACCUUGACAGCGUGACAUCACAGCUACUGACAGUUCUAAGAAAAGGCAUGCUUACGCAGGAUGUCCAGCACGAUAAACUUGUUGAAUUUUGUGUAUCCAUUGCUGAUCAUAACCUUGAUUUUUCAAUGAACCAUAUGAUACUUGAACUGCUGAAGCAGGACAGUCCAAGUGAAGCAAAAGUUAUUGGACUUCGAGCUUUGCUUGCCAUUGUCAUGUCCCCCACUAGUGAACUUGUUGGCUUGGAGAUUCUUCAUGUUCGGGGUUGUGGUCAUUAUAUUCCAAAAGUCAAAGCUGCUAUUGAAUCUAUUUUAAGAUCAUGCCAUAGGACCUAUAGUCAGGCUCUUCUAACAUCUUCGAGGACCACUAUAGAUGCUGUAACUAAGGAGAAGUCCCAGGGAUAUCUUUUCCGCUCAGUCCUAAAGUGUAUCCCAUAUCUGAUUGAAGAAGUUGGUCGAAGUGAUAAAAUUACUGAGAUUAUACCGCAACAUGGUAUUAGUAUUGAUCCAGGUGUGCGGGAUGAAGCUGCACAGGUACUGAAUAGGAUCGUGAAAUACCUGCCACAUCGCCGUUUUGCAAUUAUGAGAGGGAUGGCAAACUUUAUUUUGCGUCUUCCUGAUGAGUUUCCACUUCUUAUUCAAACAUCACUGGGACGCCUUCUCGAUCUUAUGCGCUUUUGGAGAGUUUGUCUUUCUGAUAGUAAGAUAAAUGCUGAUACAUCAGAGGUAAAGCCUGUGCAGAGAACUGGGGGGUUCAAGAAGUCUUCUUUCCAUUAUCCACAAGAAGCAAUUGAAAGAGCUUCAGAGAUAGAUGCUGUUGGUCUUAUUUUCCUAAGCUCUGUGGACAGCCAGAUCAGGCAUACUGCAUUGGAGUUACUGCGUUGUGUUCGUGCUUUACGGAAUGAUAUACAAGAAUUUUCGGUUCAUGAUACCUCAGAAGCAGACCACAUCUUGAGAAAUGAGGCAGAUCCUAUAUUCAUAAUUGAUGUUCUCGAAGAGCAUGGGGAUGAUAUUGUUCAGAGUUGCUACUGGGAUACUGGUCGCCCUUUUGAUUUGAGACGAGAGUCUGACCCUGUACCUCCUGAUGUUACUCUUCAGUCUAUCCUGUUUGAGAGUGCAGAUAAGAACCGGUGGGCUCGUUGUCUUAGUGAGCUUGUGAAAUAUGCUUCUGAGCUUUGUCCAAGCUCUGUUCAGGAGGCAAAAUUGGAAGUUAUUCAGCGUCUUGCUCAUAUCACACCUGCAGAACUGGGUGGGAAGGCAUACCAAUCUCAAGAUACAGACAACAAGCUAGAUCAGUGGUUAAUGUAUGCUAUGUUCGCAUGCUCAUGCCCAUCUGAUAGCCGGGAGGGUGCUGGUUCUGCAGCUUUGAAAGAAUUAUUCCAUGUUAUCUUCCCAUCCUUAAAGUCUGGUUCUGAGGCACACAUACAUGCAGCAACUAUGGCUCUUGGUCGAUCACAUCUUGAAAUAUGUGAAGUGAUGUUUAGCGAGCUUGCCUCUUUCAUUGAUGAGGUCUCUUUGGAAACUGAAGGCAAGCCAAAAUGGAAGAGUCAAAAGAAUCGCCGUGAAGAGCUUCGUAUCAAUACUGCAAAUAUAUACCGCACUGUUGCUCAUAAUAUCUGGCCUGGAAUGCUUGCCAGAAAGCCAGUUUUUCGUCUGCACUACUUAAAGUUCAUUGAAGAAACCACUACUAGACAAAUAUUAACAGCACUACCCGAGAACUUCCAGGAGAUUCAACCCCUCCGUUACGCACUUGCUUCUGUAUUGAGAUCUCUGGCCCCUGAAUUUGUUGAAUCAAAAACCGAAAAAUUUGAUGUUAGGACAAGAAAGAGACUGUUUGAUCUUCUCCUCUCGUGGAGUGAUGACACUAGUAGUUCAUGGACUCAGGAUGGUGUUAGCGAUUAUCGACGUGAGGUUGAACGGUACAAGUCAUCCCAGCACUCUAGGUCUAAAGAUUCUAUAGACAAACUUUCAUUUGACAAAGAGUUGGGUGAGCAGGUUGAAGCACUUCAAUGGCAAUCCAUGAACGCUAUGGCUUCAUUGCUGUAUGGUCCUUGCUUCGAUGAUAAUGCAAGAAAGAUGAGUGGUCGUGUGAUAUCUUGGAUCAAUAGCUUGUUCAUUGAACCUGCACCAAGAGUGCCGUUUGGCUAUUCACCAGCAGAUCCUAGAACUCCGUCUCAUUCAAAAUACACCGGGGAAGGUGGUCGAGGAGGAGCUAAUGGACGUGACAGGCACAGAGGAGGGCACUUUCGAGUUUCACUUGCAAAACAGGCAUUAAAAAAUCUUCUCAUCACAAAUUUGGAUCUCUUUCCUGCUUGCAUUGAUCAGUGCUACUACUCUGAUGCUGCAAUUGCUGAUGGCUACUUCAGUGUGCUGGCUGAAGUCUAUAUGCGCCAAGAGAUCCCAAAAUGCGAAAUACAAAGACUUCUAAGCCUUAUACUCUACAAGGUGGUGGAUCCUUCCAGACAAAUCCGUGAUGAUGCCCUUCAAAUGCUUGAAACACUUUCUGUACGUGAAUGGGCUGAGGAUGGUAUUGAGGGAUCUGGAAAUUAUAGAGCUGCUGUUGUUGGUAACCUCCCCGAUUCAUACCAACAGUUCCAAUACAAGCUCUCUUGCAAACUUGCUAAGGAUCAUCCUGAAUUGAGCCAACUGCUAUGUGAAGAAAUUAUGCAGAGACAGCUUGAUGCUGUCGACGUGAUCGCACAGCAUCAGGUUCUAACGUGCAUGGCUCCAUGGAUUGAGAAUCUUAAUUUCUGGAAACUGAAAGAUUCGGGGUGGAGUGAAAGAUUACUUAAAAGUUUGUAUUAUGUGACGUGGCGACGUGGUGAUCAGUUUCCUGAUGAGAUAGAAAAAUUAUGGAGCACAAUCGCUAGCAAACCUAGGAACAUAAGUCCAGUUUUAGAUUUCUUGAUCACAAAGGGAAUUGAAGAUUGUGAUUCAAAUGCUUCAGCAGAAAUAAGUGGUGCGUUUGCUACAUAUUUCUCUGUUGCAAAAAGGGUUAGUUUGUAUUUGGCCCGUAUUUGCCCUCAGCGCACUAUCGAUCACUUGGUAUACCAAUUAGCCCAGCGAAUGCUUGAAGAUAGUGUUGAACCUUUAAGGCCCAGUGCAAAUAAGGCUGAUGGAAAUGGAAACUUGAUCUUAGAAUUCUCUCAGGGCCCCGCUUUUUCCCAAGUGACAAACAUUGUAGACAACCAGCCCCACAUGUCUCCUUUAUUAGUUCGUGGAUCUUUUGAUGGCCCACUAAGGAACACGAGUGGAAGCUUGAGUUGGAGAACAGCGGGAGUCGGAGGAAGGAGUGCAUCUGGCCCGUUGAGCCCUAUGCCGCCCGAAUUGAAUAUUGUUCCUGUUAGUGCUGGUCGGUCCGGCCAACUCCUUCCAGCACUGGUGAAUAUGUCGGGUCCACUUAUUGGGGUCCGGAGUUCAACCGGCAGUCUACGGAGCCGUCACCUCUCUCGAGACAGUGGGGAUUACCUCAUUGAUACGCCAAACUCAGGAGAAGACGGGUUGCAUUCUGUGGCCGGCGUGAAUGCAAAAGAACUUCAGUCAGCCUUACAAGGACAUCAGCAACACUCCCUCACUCAUGCAGAUAUUGCAUUGAUCCUACUUGCUGAGAUCGCCUAUGAGAACGAUGAGGAUUUCAGAGAACACUUACCUUUGCUCUUCCACGUAACAUUUGUCUCUAUGGAUAGUUCAGAGGAUAUAGUGUUGGAGCAUUGCCAACACUUGCUCGUCAAUCUUCUGUAUUCUCUUGCAGGUAGGCACUUGGAGCUUUAUGAUGUUGAAAGUAGUGACGGGGAGAACAAACAGCAGGUUGUGAGCCUGAUUAAAUACGUCCAAUCAAAACAGGGAAGCAUGAUGUGGGAAAAUGAGGAUCCCACUGUUGUAAGAACAGAGUUACCAAGCGCGGCACUCUUGUCUGCUCUUGUACAGAGCAUGGUAGAUGCUAUUUUCUUCCAAGGUGAUUUAAGAGAAACAUGGGGAGCAGAAGCGCUGAGGUGGGCCAUGGAGUGCACGUCGAGACAUCUCGCUUGCAGGUCCCACCAAAUCUACCGUGCACUCCGGCCUUGUGUGACAAACGAUGCCUGCGUCUCUCUCCUCCGUUGUCUCCACAGGUGUUUGGGAAAUCCGGUCCCUGCUGUUCUAGGUUUUGUUAUGGAGAUCCUGUUGACCUUACAGGUGAUGGUGGAGAACAUGGAGCCGGAAAAGGUGAUACUAUACCCCCAGCUUUUCUGGGGGUGUGUUGCUAUGAUGCAGAUGGAGUUUGUCCAUGUAUACUGUCAGGUUCUUGAGCUCUUUUCCCGGAUUGUAGACCGUCUCUCUUUCCGUGAUAGAACCACUGAAAAUGUACUUCUUUCCAGCAUGCCAAGAGACGAGCUUGAUUCUAAUGGCGUUGGUGACAGUUCUGACUUUCUUCAACGUCUUGAAACAAGUAGCAGCAAAAAGACCCUCCCGGUUUUUGAAGGGGUGCAACCAUUGGUCCUUAAAGGGCUCAUGUCGGCCGUCAGCCACAGCGUUUCGAUUGAGGUUCUCUCUCUCAUCACUGUCCCAUCAUGCGAUUCAAUAUUCGGCGACGCGGAAACACGGCUCUUGAUGCAUGUGAUUGGAUUGCUCCCCUGGCUUUGCUUACAGCUAGGCGGUCAGCAUGAUGCAGCAGGUGGUGGGCCUCUUCAAAAGGCAUGCUCCGUCGCUACCAAUGUGGCAAUAUGGUGUCGGGCGAAAUCAUUGGAUGAGCUCGCGACGAUUUUUGUCGCCUACUCGCGUGGCGAGAUUAGAAGCGUGUUGACCCUUCUAGCCUGCACUUCGCCAUUACUGUGCAAUGAGUGGUUUCCAGAACAUUCUGCCCUGGCUUUCGGACACCUGUUGCGGCUUCUCGAGAGAGGCCCAUUGGAAUAUCAGCGUGUGAUACUCCUGAUGUUAAAGGCUUUGCUUCAGCACACUCCCAUGGACGCUGCUCAGAGUCCACACAUGUACGCCGUGGUGUCGCAGCUGGUAGAGAGCACACUGUGUUGGGAAGCGCUUAGCGUUUUAGAAGCCCUCUUGCAGAGUUGUAGCUCCAUGCCCGCCGGGUCCCACCUGAAUGAACCAACAGGCUCGUUUGACAGCGAUGACAGCAAGGUUCUUGCUGCUCAGACUUCCUUCAAGGCCCGCAGUGGCCCAUUACAGUUUUCGAUGGUGGGGUCUGCUCAGCAGAUGGGACAAGGAAAUAAUGCAUCGGAAUCUGGACUGACGCCUAGAGAUAUAGCUCUGAAGAAUACAAGGUCGAUGCUCGGGAAGGUGCUCGACAGUUGUCCCCUUGGGAGGAGGAGAGAUUACAGACGUUUGGUUCCUUUCGUCACCAGCACAGGUGCUCCAUAAGUCGAAGGGAGCUUAUGGUGGUUUCUGCCUCCCUCCAAUUUCUUGUUUGACUGGACAGACAUUUCAGAACUAGGGAGCUUUGAUUCGUUGUACAUAGAUAUGUAUAGGAUUGGGCUGUUUGAUGUAGUUAGUUUUAAUACAGGAUUAACUAUGUAACUAUCAUAUGGGAUUGGAAUUUUACAUGAGUGAACGGCUCAGUGUUCCAAAAUGUUUGCUAAAAGAUUCAGCCAGUGACAACCCUAUUUUAUUUUAGCCGGAGUUUUGUUAGUCUUGAACCAGCCGGGUUUGUUAGGAUCGGAAUCAGACAGUCCUACACUCCUACGGCUUUGCUGGAUAGUGUGUUGAGACUUGAGAGGUGGUAAAAGCUGAAUUGUUAAAGUGUAAGAUCUAUUAAGGGAGGGAAGAUUAGUGAUAUUGUAAAACAUAAAUUUUCUUUGUAUGACAGUUAAAAUGAUGAAGUGUGAGUAAAGGGUGUUUCAUUUGGAUUUACAAAAAUGUCCAUAUUUAUGUAUCCCUCCCGUUGAGGCAAAUAGCUCAUAUCUUUAGCUGGAUUUAUAGUUAUG